AUGAAGAAAUUAUUCUCGAAGAUUGACACAGGUCAACAGAAUCCACAUAUUGGAAAAGUGUUAAAUGUUGGAAGAUUUAGCUGCACAGUCGAAGAUGUCAUCGCUGAAGGUGGAUUUGCUAUUGUGUUCUUGGUGAAGGCUCAGAAUGGUAACCAUUAUGCUCUGAAACGUCUGUUUGUGAACAACGAUCAGGAUCUGACAGUGUGUAGAAGAGAGAUUCACAUAGCGAAAACAUUAUCAGGACAUAAGAAUAUCAUCAAAUAUGUUGACUCCAGUAUAACAGUAACAACCAACCGUGUAUACGAGGUGAUGAUAUUAAUGCAGUAUUGUAGAGGUCAUGUGAUACAACUAAUGAAUGAACGAUUGAAUGUGGGAUUUUCGGAGAAGGAAGUACUGCGGAUAUUCUGUGAUGUAUGUGAAGCAGUAGCAAGACUACACCAUUGUCAAACGCCCAUAAUACACAGGGAUUUAAAGGUUGAAAAUAUACUUAUAUCGGACAGCACUCAUUAUGUAUUAUGUGACUUUGGAAGUGCUACAGCUAAAGUUCUUGAUCCGAGUCAGCAAAAUGUUUCACAAGUAGAAGAGGAGAUUCAGAAAUAUACGACUUUGUCUUACCGGUCCCCGGAGAUGGUAGAUCUCUACAAUGGAAAGCCAAUCACUACCAAGGCAGAUAUAUGGGCAUUAGGUUGUAUGUUGUACAAGUUGUGUUUCUUCAUCUUACCGUUUGGUGAAAGCACACUGGCUAUACAGAGCGGUACCUUUACUAUACCUGAUAACUCCAGAUACUCUAACGGGAUUCACGCAUUAAUAGCCUACAUGUUAGAGGUAGACCCUGUGAAGAGACCAGAUAUUUACCAAGUGUCAUAUGUAGCGUUUAAACUAGUAGGACGUGAUUGUCCUGUAGCCAAUAUGUUUAGUUGUAAAACUCCUGAAAUUGCCAAGCUUACCUUGCCUAUGACAGAGUCAGAGGCAAGACAGGUGAAAACUGCCACGUACAAAACUGUGUCAUCAUCAGCUAUAGAGAGUACCACAGUCACCCCGCGAUCUCGGCCAAAGGGACAAGCUAUUCCACAAGGGGUCACUUUGGGACUACCCUUACAGACCUCGGUCGCCCCACGAAAACGACCAACCCCUACACAAACACCUAAUACAGAUAUAUCACAAGCUAGUUCCAGUCACUUGCCUCAAGCAACACAACCUCAAAAUUCCAGUAGAUCUAGUCAGCAGCAACAACAACAACAACAACAACAGGUCUAUGGUGCGAGUGGUCCAACCCAGGAUCACUACAGCCAGGCCCCAAACCAGUAUAACUCAGGGAUGAAAGCUUCACAUCAGUAUCCUCAAAACCAGCAACAAUACAUUGCUCAGCAAAAGGCUAUCCAGCAACAAAUGUACUCCCAACAGAUGUAUAAACAACAACAACAACAACAACAACAACUUUAUAUGCAGCAACAACAAAUGCAACAACAACAACAACAACAGCAGCAGCAACAACAACAGUAUAUGCAAAGCCGUCAGUAUCAACAGAAUCUACAACAACAACAGCAGCACCACCACCAUCAACAGCAGCACCACCAUCAACAGCAACAACACCACCAUCAACAGCAACAACACCACCAUCAACAGCAACAACGGAUAAACAUGGCUCAGCAAAGAGCGAUGACUCAUUCCUACCAGGACGGACAGUCUGUGCCGUCUGCCACCAUGCAGAGUAGCCAAAGUAGUGAGGCACUGUUUUCUAGCUUCCCUGACAACUUUAAUCGUGGUGGUACAAACACUGUGGAUGAUCGUGUAUAUAACUCUAGUGUCGGACAGAACAAUAUGUCAGAACGCCAUUCUACCGAAGAAAAUUUUAAAAUCCCCAGCACUUCUCAUUCUCGACAGAAAGGCAGUGUGGGCAAAAAUUCCGAUGCUCAACCACUGAUAUCUAUAACACCACCUCUGUCACCGAAAGUUGUCAAGAGUCACCGUAGAAAUGUCAGUGAUACAUCCUACGUUACCAUGGGAGGAAAGGGAAGUGCCUUCAGGUUGGUCAAGGGAAGAAACUACCAAGGGAACAUGUUGUCAGCACCUUUACAAGGGAAGUCAAAGUCAGCCACCACAUCACCUGUACAUUCCUCACCAAGAUCACCAACACUUACACGAGCUGUAUCAGCUGAUAUAUCAGACUGGAAUCCUUUUGAUGAUAACUUUGGUGUAGAUACAGAAGAGGAAAUAUUUGGCAAGGAAUUUGACAAACUGAGGCGUGGCUCAAAUAGUAGUAUAUCUAAUGUUAAGAGCAGAGAAGACCUGGUCAUGUCCGGCUCAGAUUCAUCAGAUCCUUUUACUAGUGCACCAUUCAAAAAACCAGGUAGAACAGGGCCAGGCAGUUCCCACCACCGGAGCACUUCCAGCACAUCCAACUCCAGCUAUGGAGAAGAAGAAAAUGAUGAAAAAUCCAAUGGCAAACAGGAACGGAAGGAAUCCAGGGAUGUUGCUAACCAAGAGACAGAGUCCCAUGACUUCUUCGGGGCCUCCCUGGUAAAGGCUGCAUUAAACAGGGCUUCAAGGUACCAACAGCUGGUCGAUACUGAUGAGGAGAGGGAGGUGCGCAAAAUUCCAAAACCUGUUGAGACCCAGGUUAAAACUUCUAAAGAACAGGCAGAGUCCAGUUCCUCAUAUGCAGAAGAUGAUCAUCUGGACGUACAUGUAAACAAAAACGCUAUAGACUUCAGUUACAAGGAGUUAGAAGAUGAGUAUGGUAGUCGACCUGUUCCUGCCACCACUGUAAACAAACCACGAGAAGGACACCAGGGAGCACCACAGGAAUUUAACAAUCGGCGGUCCGUAGGGCGUGAAGUACCAACAGGUACAGAUCAGAGAAAUGCAAAUUUAUCAGACAGGAUUGUGGGUCAUGAGUAUGGUGUACGACCACUUUUAGAUGAUGACGAAUUGGAAGAUGCUUAUGGAAUGCAACAUCACCAUGGCAACUCAGAGACAGGGUAUUCACAUGAUCAUGAUGACAGUACACCCAGCAGUAACAGUACCGUGUCCCCAAACAUGCUAGGUAGUCCUUCUUUGUCCCCAUCUAUGGAGAGGGGAACAUCAGAUCCAUUUGCAUCUGCACCAUUUAGGAAGAAGCAGACACGAAAAAAGCGUCCAUCAAGUGCUGUGAUGCCAAAUAAACCAACAGGAAACUCAGAUAUAUUUGCAAAGGCUCCAUUCAAACCAAAGUUUAUGACAAAGUCUAAGACUCACCAAUCUAUUGGGAGCCCACUCUUACAGGGAGAUAUUGACAAACCUGAGGAGGGUCAAGGAGGAGAGUCAAGCAAUGGUGAUAUAUUUGGCAAAGCCCCCUUUAGAGUAGCUCUAGUAAAUAAACCAAAACAAUCGAUGCAAGAGUUGUCUCCCCCUUGUGAGCCUGUCUCCUCUGAACAGACCAAACAAUCUGUGAUAGUUUCAACUCCCUCCUUUAUGCCACCCAACCCCAGACAGUUCUACUCCAUGUCUGUCACCACCUCCCACUCGGCCAGUGUACAAGCUCCUUUAAAAGAACCAUCUAAGGAAGAGUUCUCCACUCCAGAUCCCUUUGGGGCCGUUCCAUUUGGUCAUGUGAGGAUGAAUAAAAAGGCUGAUGGUGUUCAAACGAGUACUGUGAAAAAGUCUCAGUCAUUUGGUUAUCAGCCACGUAAUGUUGUACAGACACAGGAUGUCAGGCAGACGUCUGGUGUGAGUGAUGUUGGCUACCAAACCCUCAGUAAUGAGGAAACUAAAUUUCCAGAUUCUAUGUCUUCAGGACACCAACAUGCUGAGGACUUUCUACUAAGCAGGGACAGUGAGGAGGAGGAGGAGGAGGAAGAAGAUAAUGAUGAAGAAAACCUCAGUUCCAGUUUCCAGCAUUCCAGGGGGCGCACCAAGCCUGUGCAACGAAGCCCACGUGACACUGUUUCUUCAUCAGGGUUUGCCAAUAUGAGUUUUAAUGAUGAUGAUGAAGGAGGGGACCCUGAUGGAGGUCAUGCUCAGGGAUUCAUGGGUAAAGACCUAAAUAGGAGUAUGGGACAGAGUUUACAUGUGUCAAGCAUUCGCCAUCCAGCAUAUACAAAGGAAUCUAUUUCACAAGUAGCCAAUGCUUCAACCGAGGCAAUGAAGGUCAGCUCUGGAGGCUACGACACCUUCACAUGGCCAAGAAAACAACGCAAGAUUCCAACUAUUGGUAUGGCCACUAAUGAACCAUUUAGUUCCAAAAAGAAAGUAGAUGUGGUGUCAAAGUGAUGAUAAAAUGUAUUUAUCAGCUUGUGAUUUUACUAAUUUUAAAAUCUAUUUGCAAUGUACUGCAAAAAACUUUUUUCC